AUGGGCUAUCUGAAUUCUACGUUGCCUACAAGUGGAUGCCAAGUUGAUGAUGCCCUUGUUAGUGGUGGGGGUUUUAGUCACAAUGGGAAAUUUAGCUAUGGAUAUGCAAGCUCUCGGGGGAAAAGGUCUUCAAUGGAAGAUUUCUAUGAGACGAGAAUUGACGGUGUUGAUGGGGAGAUAGUUGGUCUCUUUGGAGUCUUUGAUGGUCAUGGGGGUGCUCGAGCUGCAGAAUAUGUGAAAGAAAACCUUUUUAGUAAUUUGAUCAGGCAUCCAAAGUUCAUAUCUGAUACCAAAUCAGCCAUAGCGGAUGCAUACAACCAUACGGACUCAGAAUUUCUCAAAUCAGAAAACACUCAGACUAAAGAUGCUGGCUCAACAGCUUCUACAGCAAUACUUGUUGGUGAUCGUUUGCUAGUUGCAAAUGUUGGGGAUUCCAGGGCUGUUAUUUGUAGGGGUGGGAAUGCUAUAGCUGUUUCACGAGAUCACAAGCCCGACCAAACUGAUGAACGACAACGAAUUGAAGAUGCUGGAGGUUUUGUGAUAUGGGCUGGUACUUGGAGAGUUGGUGGUGUUCUUGCUGUUUCUCGUGCAUUUGGUGACAGACUUUUAAAGCAGUUUGUUGUUGCAGAUCCUGAUAUUCAGGAGGAAGUGGUUGACAGCUCCCUGGAAUUUCUUAUUUUGGCAAGUGAUGGGCUGUGGGAUGUUGUCUCAAAUGAGGAGGCUGUUUCCAUGAUCAAAUCAAUUGAGGAUUCAGAGCAAGCAGCCAAGAGGUUGAUGCAGGAAGCAUUGCAAAGAGGGAGUGCUGAUAAUAUUACUUGUGUUGUUGUUCGUUUCUUGGACAAGCAAGGGGAAACUGCUCAAAGCAGCUCUCAAUAA